GGUAUUAGCCUAAAUUUAAUUUACGACGUUUCAUUUUUAGGUUAAUAUUAACAAUAAAACGUUUAAAACACGCAAAUUUCACAUAUAAAAGUAAUCACGUAUAAUUAUUUCGCCAAUUUAAUUAAAUUUAAAGUAUUAAAUAACGAUUUAAUUAAACUUAAAAAAAAUUAUAUUUACAGUUUUCUCCUUUACCCUUAAACAAUAACUAACCAAAAAUAUCGUUUUUAGGUUAUGUCAGUUAUGUAUUUAACCUAAAAAAAUGAGUAAUAUUUAUAUUUUAGAACCUCAUACAUCAGGCAAGGUUUUGCUAAAAACCACAGUAGGUGAUAUAGAUAUCGAACUCUGGUCAAAAGAAACUCCAAAAGCAUGCCGAAAUUUCAUUCAGCUUUGCUUAGAAGGUUAUUACAACAACACCACUUUUCAUCGGGUCGUGAAAGGUUUUAUAGCUCAGGGAGGUGACCCAAAUGGAGAUGGAACAGGUGGAGAAUCGAUUUAUGGCGAACCGUUUAAAGAUGAGUUCCAUCAAAGGUUAAAAUUCGUUCGUAGAGGUUUAGUUGCAAUGGCGAAUGCAGGAAAAGACGAUAACGGUUCUCAAUUCUUUAUAACUCUUGCUGCAACUCCAGAACUGCAAAACAAACACACGAUUUUCGGAAAAAUAGCUGGCGAUACGAUUUUUAACGUUUUAAAACUACAAGAAGGGAUAAUUCACGAUGAGAAACCUGAGUAUCCACAUAAAAUCUUAAAAGCCGACGUUUUACAUAAUCCAUUUGAUGAUAUUGUACCAAGAGAAAAUGAAGGAAAAAUUGAGAAGAAAAAGAAAAAGAAGGAACGUGCCGCAGGCGUUAAAAAUUUUAAAUUGUUAUCCUUUGGGGCUGAAGCCGAAGAAGAUGAAGAAGAAAGUAUUAAAGAAAGCGGAAAGUUUGUGGGGAAAGGAAAAUCAACACAUGAUAUCUUAGACGAUCCUAAGUUGAGUGCAAAAACGUUGAAAGAAGAAGAAAAAGAAAAGAAAGGUGGGAAAAAAGAUAGCGAUGUUGAAGAAGAAGAUGAUGGACCUAAUCCGGAAGAACAAUUGGAGAAUAUAAGAAAAAAAUUAAAAUCUGAGAAAAAGGAAAUUAAAAAAAUUUUGGCCAAUCAUAAACCUAGUUAUGAUGAUGAUAGUGAUGAUGAAAGAACAGCUGCUAAGAAAAAGAAAUUGGAGGAGGUCAGAAAAGAAAUUGAAAAUGUUAAAAGAGAUUAUCAUAAAAAUAAACUUAAAAAGGUAGAUGAAUCUAAAGAUUUAGAAACUACUCAAGAAGACACCAAUAGUAUAACGGUGCAAGAAUAUAAAACUGAAUUUAAUAAAUAUAAAGAUAAAAAGAAAACUUUACCAAAAAAAGGAGCCGGAAGGGAAGAAUUUACAUUGGAAUUAUUAUCAAAAUUUAAAAAUAAAUUACACACAGUUAAAGAAAACUCCGAAUCGAGUAAAAAUGAGGAAGAAAAUGAAGAUAAUGAUGAUGUGGAUAAUGAUGAAUCUUGGAUGUCUCAUGAAUUAAAGUUUAAAACUGAUGACGUUAUUCUGGCAAAAGAUGCAAAUACAAAGGAUGAUGAUUGGUAUGAAAUUUAUGAUCCAAGAAAUCCUAUAAGUAAAAGACGAAGGGGUGAAAUGAUUAAUAAAGAGACUAAACGAUGAAUUAUGACAAACAUUAUUAAAAAAAAAUCAUUAAAACCUAGAAACUUUCGGCCAGAAAAAAAAUCAACAACUUUUAAAGGUCCAUUUCGAGUGAUUCGCUUUUGCUUACUCGGCAUACUUUUACCAUGCCUUCUAUGCGUAAUUGUCCUCUACAUGAGAUACAGAGUGUUUGUUGAACAAAUGUACCCAUUAGCAGCUUCAGAUAUGAGAAUGCUGGAUAAUAGAGUUUCAACAACAUGGUGCCAAAAACAAAUUAUAAAAGUUAACGCAACCUUCAACGCUUUUCUAUUACCAACCAACCCAGAAGUGGAAAAAGAUAAAAAGCAUUUAACAAUGGUACGCCAUCUGAUGUUAGAAGAUGAUACUAAAGAAUAUUGGGGAUUUUAUUUUUUAAAAGGAUCAAGUGUCACUAUUUCAAGCUGUGUCAGAUGGCCCGGUGCUUCAUUAAUAGUAAUUAGAGGUCAUAAACACCUCCAUGAAUGCGCUUACAUCGGUGAUAAUUCCUCGGAAGAACUUGAUGAAAUUAUGGAAGCGAUAGCUGAAGGAAAUUACGUCCAACAAAACAAUAUACUUUCCGAGGAAGCCCCAUCGAACGUACCAAAUUUAAUGAAAAGACAUCGCCAAGAUGUGCAAUUUCAUCACCCAGAUCACAAAAAUUCAAGUAGUAAAAAUCACACGAUUUUCGACGGUUUAGAUACAACUGAUAUUACGGAUCAGAAUCAAUUGAAAGAUAUUCUUAAAGAACUUGCCGUGAAAACCAAUAAAAAAGAUAAAUUUCUACAAGAUGACGUGAAAAGGAAUCACGUUCACAGAAAUUCAACUUUCGGAAAGGGGGAAACUAAAAAUUUUAAAUUUGAAAAGGAGAAGGAAACUGCCGAUGAAGUUUAUAAAGAUGUUUUGGUGAAAUUGAAGGAUUUGGGUGAAGAAGGAGAGGCUGUUUUGAAGAGGUUAAACGAGAAAUAUCGAAAAUUGGAUGAUUCUGAAAGUUUUGAUAGUGAAGAUGAACAUAUCCUGAAUGUGCGAGGGAGACAAUAUUCGAAACCACCUGUAAAAUAUGAAGAUUCUAUUGAUAGAGCUAAAAGAAGAAAAAGGGAUUUGCUAAGAGAGGUUAUGGAAAAAAGUUUUAGUGGGCAUGAUGAGGAAAAUGAUGCUGCAAUUGAAGAGGGAUUCACACCUGAUGGAAUAGCAGAUCAUCGUGGAAAAAUUGACGAAAACACCUUAAAUGAUAAAAGUAACAGUGAAUUUUGGUCAUCUUUUAGCAGUUCAGAAGAAGCUCUUUUAAAUUGUGCCGGAUUAAUUCUGAACUUACCGUUAGAACCUCACAAAGGUUGUAUGAACACAAGUAAUCACCUUGAAAUUGAAGAUGCUUAUCUUGCAAAUACAAUAACAUACACAGUUCCUGUAAAUGGUUAUUAUUUCUUCGUUUUUAACAGCGAAAAUGAAAUUCAAACGAACUAUAUCCGCGUUCGAUUUAAUUUGCACAAAAAAGUUUAUAACGUUUCAAACCCGAUUUCCACUUGUAAAAAUACAUCCGAUGUUUGUUCGAUGAAUUUGAAUUUUUUUUCGAGUGAAAAACUUGUUAUGGAACUUCCGGUUACUGAAAAUGAUGAUAUGUGGAAUCAGGAGUAUGUCGUUGUAUCCCAAUGUGAACCAAGAACAAUGAUUUAUAUAAUUUUUGUAAUCGCAAUUCCGAUUUUAAUCAUAUUAUUUGCGUUUCAAUAAACAUAAAAACUUACAAUAAAUAAUACCUCCUAUUUAUUGUAGGUUAUAUAAAAAGAUAUUAAAAAACUAUUUAAUAUUGGAAAUAAACUCUUUCUUUUGAGUUUAUUUCGAAAAAUAGAAACAAAGCUAUAAGACUGA